AUGAAAGCAGCAAAGGAAUGGUCUGAAGUGAUGGCGCAGGUGGAAUCACAUGUUGAAGAAAUCAGAGCUGAGCCUGAGAAACCCAUUGAUCGGGAAAAAACUUGUCCCCUCCUUUUGAGAGUGUUCUAUAACUUUGGACGACAUCAUGCCCUCAAUGAAUAUAACAGGGGGAACGUCCCAACUAAUGAACUCCAGAUCUACACAUGGAUGGAUGCCACAUUGAAGGAGAUCACUUCCUUGAUCAAAGAAGUUAACCCUGACACCAGGAGAAGAGGAACUUAUUUUGAUUUCUCUCUUGUUUACCCUGAAGUCAGGGGUUCAGGUUACCGGAUGCGGGACAUUGGAACAACAGUUUCUGGUCAGAAGAGCAUGGAUGAAAACAAGACGUUGUCACAAAUACGUUUUGUCAUCGGAGACUAUUUUGACAUCGCCAUCACACCACCACAAAGGGGUCCUCCUGGUCGUCGUAUGCGUCCAUACUAAACAAUAUGGUGGCGUGAAUCUUACAUGAUCUCUCCUCAUGGACUUUGUACAUCACAUCUUUUUAAACUCUCCUUGCUAUUAUGGAAGAAUAAAUCAUCGUGUUCCUGG